AUGUCCAUGCAACAACAAUUCAUGAUAGGAAAUACUGGCGGUAUGAACUCGGGAAUGCCACAGCAAUAAUAAUACAUUGGUGGAGUCAAUCAAGCUCAAACAUUCAAUGCUUAGUUCAAAGGACUUAGUCUAGGAAAACAUAAUACAUGCAAAAAAACAUAAAAAAAUGUUCCAAAGUAGUAAAUAAUUAGAAAUGAGGAGUCUGCAACUAAGGAUCCAGCUAAAAAGAUGGUAGUUUCUAUUGAUUAAGAUUAACACACUGAGGAAUAAGCUUAAGCUUCAAAUAACAGUGAUCCCACACACGGUAAAUCUAAGGAAUUUUUCUUAAUUUACCCAGACAAUCUUGAAAUGCCUGUUGAUCCAUUCUUGAAUCCUUUGAUGCCUAAUGAGGAUCAGAUGGUUUUCGUUUUCAAAUAUUAUCCCGAAUAUUCUACUAACCCUGCUGAUGUGAUCAUUUGGCUUUAUUAGACAGCCCAAUUUAAGGAGUAGGAAUAAGCAAGACUAUAGAAACUCAAACAAGAUACUGAUGGAGCAUAUAAGGUAAAGCCAAAGAUUGGAGCUAGACCUGAUCAAGGAAAUAGGAGAAACUUAUACGAGGAGGAAGAAGAAUAUGAAGAAGAUUCUUUUUAUGGAUUUAAGGCUUGCGGAAUGUAAAAAAAACCAAGACAGAAAAGAGCUCCCCCAAGUAAAUUAAAUAAAAGUAACUUGAAAAACUGA